AUGGCCAAGGAAUACAAGCUCAAGGGCAUCGCCUCAAUCGACCUGAAGAAUGGCGACAAGAUUGAGGCUGAAGUUGAUGGAAUCGAGGGCGGCAAGGUCUUGCUUGCUAAGGUGCAGGACAAGGUACAUGCACUGAGUCCAAAGUGCACGCACUAUGGAGCACCAUUGAAGAAUGGCAUUCUCACACCAGAAGGCCGCCUAACCUGUCCCUGGCAUGGAGCUUGCUUUAAUGUUUCGACCGGAGAUGUCGAGGAUGCCCCGGCUCUCGAUCCGCUUGCGAAGUACGAAAUCAUAGAGAAAGACGGAGGUGUAUACAUCAAGGCUGAAGAAGCCACGAUCAAAGCCGCUCGUCGAACCCUGAAUAUAAAAUGCUCUGCCAAGGGCACCGAGAAGAUAGUAGUUGUUGGUGGUGGCUCUGGUACUGUCGGCGCCAUCGAAGGACUGCGCGGCGGAGGCUUCACAGGACCCAUAACAGUCAUAUCCAAAGAAGGCUAUCAGCCUUUCGACCGCACAAAGCUCUCAAAAGCAUUGCUCGCAGACAUCUCCAAAGUAGCCUGGCGAUCCAAGGAGUACUAUCAAGAAUCGGACAUUGAUAUCGUAUCCGAUGAAGCAGAAUCGGUCGACUUUACCGCGAAGAAAGUCACUACAGCCUCUGGCAAAUCAUACGACUAUACUUCCCUCGUCCUCGCUACUGGUGGCACUCCACGAUUCCUCCCCCUCCCUGGCCUCAAAGGCGAUUUAGGCAAUGUCUUUGUACUCCGUGAAAUCAAGCACGUCUCCGACAUUCUCGCUGCAGUGGGCGACAACAACAAGAAGAUUGCUGUGGUUGGCAGCUCCUUUAUUGGCAUGGAAGUUGCUAACGCUCUCGUGGGCAAGAAAAAUGAUGUCACCGUCGUUGGCAUGGAAUCUGAGCCCAUGGAACGCGUUAUGGGAGCCAAAGUAGGCGCUGUAUUCCGGGGCCUUCUCGAGAAGAACGGUGUCAAGUUCAAGAUGGGUGCAUCCGUCGAAAAGGGCACCCCCUCAUCCUCAGACAGCAGCAAGAUUGGUGCCGUGCACCUCAAGGAUGGUACUGUACUGGAGGCAGACCUCGUAGUCGAGGGUGUCGGCGUCGCGCCCGCAACCGAAUACCUCAAGAACAACUCCGCCAUCACCCUCGAAAAAGACGGGUCAAUCAAAACGAACGAAAGCUUCGCCGUCGCAGGCCUCGAGAACGUCUACGCCAUCGGCGACAUCGCAACAUAUCCAUACCACGGCCCCGGCGGCAACGGUGCACUCACCCGCAUCGAGCACUGGAACGUCGCGCAGAAUGCUGGCCGCAGCGUCGCCGCGUCCAUCUCGUCUCCCGGCUCCAAGCCCAAGCCGUUCAUUCCCGUGUUCUGGUCUGCUCUCGGGGCUCAGCUGCGGUACUGCGGUAACACAGUCGGCGGGUAUGAUGAUGUGAUUGUGCAGGGCGACACAAGCAAGCCGAGCUUCGUGGCGUACUAUACCUCUGGCGAGACGGUGGUCGCGGUCACGAGUAUGGGCAAGGAUCCGUACAUGGCACAGAGCGCGGAGUUGAUGCGGCGCAACGCGAUGCCCAGUAAGAGCGAGCUGGCCGGUGGGAAGGACAUCAUGGAAGUGAGCGUGCCGAGUGGAAUCAAGAUCUGA